AUGUCCCGCGCACACGCUAACGUCGUCGCGGGCGAGGGCGACGAGUCCGACAGCGACGACGAGGACUGGCUCGACGACGUCGACGUGCCCGAGCUCACCGCCGAGGACAUCCGCGCGGCGGGUCUCGAGUCCCCGUUCGUCACCCCCCACGUCACGCCCAAGGCUGAAGCCUCCAACGGGACGUUCGGCGGGAACGUUCCCGCCGAACGACGCGAGGGUGCAGCCGGGACGGCGGGCGUGGGGGCGGGAGUCGGCACUCGCGUCGUCCCCGGGGAUGACGCCGCGAGGGACGCGGGGGCGAGGGACGUUGGGACGACGUUCCAAAUCGGCGAACCGUCGGUGAGCGCCCCGGCGGUUCGUCCCGCCGUCGUCGUCCCGAACACCGCGACGCAACGGAAACUGGCGACGCGCAUCGCCGCCGGGAGAAAAGCGAUGUACGUGAAGCACGCGUCGGGGCGGGAGCUCGCGUCGAGCUUCAUGAGGGGCACCGAGGAGGCGCUGUCCGCGGCUGGCGCGCACUGCCACGACAUCGACGACUCCGUCCGGCAUCUCACGGCGAACCUCGCCGAGCUCGCGUCCACGGGGCGGACGGAGUGGGCGCGGGUGCCGGAGAAGUCGAGGCCGCCGCCGGACAUAUACGACCGCGCCCUGCGAGGAUGA